CAAUUCUCCCCCAAAGAAGCCCAAGUUCCAUCUUCUUCUUCCUCUGGAUUCUGAUUUACAGACAGAGCUUUCUAAAAGGGUUCCAAUGGAGGAUUUGAAGAAAGGGCCAUGGACGCCGGAGGAAGAUUCUUUGCUGUUUAGUUACGUCAGUAUUCACGGCGAAGGCCACUGGAAUUCCGUCGCUCGUUCUACCGGGUUGAAGAGAACCGGAAAAAGCUGUAGGCUGCGGUGGCUGAAUUAUCUCCGCCCUAAUGUCCGCCGCGGCAAUAUCACUCUUCAGGAACAGCUUCUCAUUCUCCAACUCCACUCCCGUUGGGGCAACCGGUGGUCGAAAAUAGCUCAAUUUCUACCGGGUAGAACGGACAAUGAGAUUAAAAAUUAUUGGAGGACGAGAGUUCAAAAGCAAGCUAAACAGCUGAAUUGCGACGUCAACAGUCAACGUUUUCGAGACGCCAUGAGACAUGUUUGGAUCCCCCGCAUGGUCGAGCGGAUCACGGCCACUUCGAGUCCUUUAUCGUCGUUGCCACCGCCAUGCAUCGACAUCUCCACGUCAACUUCAGUGGUUUUUGAAACUACAUGGGCAAAUCCAAACGACAAUAACUUCCCUGCCAAUGUGUCGGCGUCGUCUUCCGACGUGUCGGAUUUGACGGCUGUAGAUGGAUCGGGUUGGGAUGAAGGAUUCGGGUCGGAAUGGUUGGAAGGAGACGGAGUUGACUCAUUAGAGAGCUUGUGGACCGAAGAAAACAUAUGUUUCUUACGGCAACAGCUCUUUGAUUAGAAUUAGAAUUUUAAUUAAUUCAA